UGCGCGGAGCCGUCCCUCUGAGGCAGCGGGAGCGCGCAUCUGUGGCCGGAGGGAGGAGGUGGGUCUGUGGGGUCCGAGCGACGCCGCGCCCGGUGACCGGCUGACCACUCCUUCCCCGGGGGGGGGGGCAGGCGGGCAACCGCCACAGAUACCCGGUCCGGUCGCAGCCGGUUGCUGGGGUAACGUCAAGGCCUCGGCCGAGCGGCCCGUUGCCCCGGGAAGCCUCGGAUCGGCCCCGGCGCUGCCCGACCGGCGGAGGAGCCACUGGGUAUUGUCCAACUUGUGGAGCAGUCGGAUAAUACCUGCAAAAUGCAGCAAUUUCAACUUUUGUACUGUCAAAUCAUCAACACUGCUGAGACAGCUACUUCACAUCCCAGGGGCUGUCGGAAAUGUCCAUGGUCCUGUUUGCUUCAGUGGUGCGUGUUCGAGAUGGCCUUCCACUUUCUGCUUCAACAGAUUAUGAACACAAUAAAGGAGUACAGGAGAGCAAGAAGCAUCUUAAAGUGCUGUCAAAAAAACUAGGCCAUCUGCCCGAUCGAUGUACUCUGAAAGAUGUACCCUACAAUAUACAUUUUAUAAGUUCAUUAGGAGUGGGGUAUAUGAUGAUCUGCUCUGAAAAUUACCCAAAUGUGCUCGCUUUCUGUUUCUUGGAUGAACUACAACGAGAAUUCAUUACUUUAUAUGAUACAAUGAGGAUUAACACUGCUGUCAGACCAUACUCCUUCAUCGAAUUUGAUAAUUUUAUCCAAAAGACUAAGCAGAGGUUUAAUAAUCCCCGAUCGUUAUCUACGAAGAUAAACCUUGCUGACAUGCAGACAGAGAUCAAAUUGAGACCAGCCCAUCAGCUUACAGUACAUGAUCUUGGAACAGCAAAUGGAAACCUACAUCCACGUUCUUCCCCCUACAAGGGGAUAGCUCCAAAUCAGCGACUGGAACCAGUGAAGCUGCCAGGAAUUAUAUCUUGUUUACUAAGUCUGCUCUGUGCAGCUUUAAAUCUAAUCCGUGGAUUUCAUGCAAUGGAAAAUUUAUUUCAGGACGAUGAGGAGGAAUUGAAUACUGUCGCUGUGUUUUUCAUUGGUACUGCUGCAUGUUUGUAUCAGUGUUACCUGUUGGCAUGCUACAGUGGACAGAGGGAUUUGAAAUCAUUCCUGAUGUUUGGUUUAGUUUGUCUUUGUAAUCUGUAUCUGCAUGAACAUCGUAAUACCUGGCAGAUUCUGUUUCACGUGGCAGUGGCUGCAUUUUCAACUCUGCAGACAAGGAUGAGACAACCACAAGGAAAGGCCCCCGACUACAAUGUCUGAGAGUCUGACUACAGAGAGUGGUUCUGCAGAAAGCACAGAAUGACGUGGGACAAAGAGCCCGAAAUAAGUGCAUCCAUUAUGGGCCAAAUGAGGAAACGUACUUGACUUCUUCAGAAACAUUGUGGCACAAUGCUGACACUCAAAGCUACUAAUCAAGAUUGUGAAGAUGAAUUUCUGCUGUCAGAUCCUUAAUGUGUCAUUGCCGCAAUGUUUGCGGGAGCCUAUGUGGGCGCUAGAUGUGAGGCUGGAAAAUGCCUGGAUAUCUUGUUGGUUGUUUGGAUUUAAUUGUUCUGAGACUUUUUUGUGGAAUUUUUAUUUCUUUUUAUUUAAAGUUCAUUUCUCUUCUGUUCAGAAGGUAAUGAUUUGUACUUCGAAUGCAGAGUACAUGCAGUAAAGUCACAAGACUCUGCUUUCAUGUCCAACUUUAUAGUCUUGACCAGGUAAUUUGAAUUGACACUCCCAAUACAGGACUGAGGAGGUGCUGCACCACCAUGCACUGCGCCUUCGGAUGUUCACGAGAUCCAUGCCACUGUGUGGAUGGAAGUCAGAAUUCUCCCCAUACUUCUCAUUAGUAUUUAUAUUUCACCAAAUACUUUUUAACCAAAAAAUACUACAUCUGGUCAUUUAUUAUGCAGAAAUUUGACUGCUCUGUUUCCUGCAUUACAAUAGCGACGACUUUUUUUUUGCCCCAAAGUACUUCAUCUGUUGUAAAACUUCCAGGCAACUUGCGAUGGUAAAGUAUUAAAACAGAAAAUGCUGGAAGCAUCGAGCAGGAGAGAGCGCCUUCUGUGUUCUUCAACCUGAAAUGUUAGCUGUUUCUACAGAUGCUGCCUUUCCUGCUGAGUGUUUCCAGCACUUUUUACUUUUAUUUCAGAUUUCCUGCAUCUGUAGAUUUGUGAUUUUCAUUUACAGUGAUUGAGAGGUGCUUUGUAAAUGUAGUUCCUUUAAUGCUGUGGGAAUAGAUCAUUGGCAGUCUCUAUCAGCAUCUGUUUCUGCAUGUGCACUUUCCAUUAGGGUUUCCUGAUAGCAACCGGGAAAGUUGCUCUUCUUGAAUUUCCCUAGGUUAUUCCCUCAUUUUAAAUUUCCUCCCCUUUCCUCUUUCCCCCAAAUCCACAGAAGCAAUUGGACCUGUUGCCAGCAAAAAAAAACAAACCACUGAAGGAACUCAGCGGGUCAGGCGGCAGACGUGGAGGCAGAGGGAUGGUCAACUUUUUGGGUCAAGACCCUGCAUCAGGACUGUUGCCAGGCCUCCUUGUCGGUGCCAUUCUGUAACACAAAGCAGCAGAAGAUGCUGCAAAUACUUCGCAGACAGGCAGUAUCUAUGGAGAGAAAAUCAGCAUUAAUGUUCAAAAUGCUAAUUUCGAUGAAAGUUCAUCAAAGUUCAGGUUCUCUUCCACAGAUGCUGCCUGGCCUGGGAUUUCCAGCAUCGAUCUUCAUUUCAGAUUUUCCAGCAUUUGCGGUGUUUAGGGCCUUUUUAAAACUAACUAUAAAGGGAGUUGAAUACAAGUGUUUACCUUACCAAUUUUAUUUUCAACUGUACCUUAUCAAUUUUAUUUUCAGCUGUUUUGUAACUAGACUGGCUAUGUCUGGGAAUUCCAACUAGUGAGAAAAUGCAAGAAUGAAUUUUCUUGCUUCCAGGCCAUACUUCAGUGUCACACUGCUGCCUUUUGGGAUCUGAAUAUUUUCCCAGUUAGGUUUGUGACAUCUCUUUUAUGAAAAUUAUUAACAUAUGCAAAUAUCUAUAUACAUUAUGUGACUGUGUUCCAACAUUUUGUAGACAAUUGGUAAGAAAUAAAAUAUGUAAUGCAUAUA